AUUUUCUGUAGCUGUUCCAGUCUAGUUGCCUCCAGUGCAUCGACGAUAUAACCGCAAUGGAUGUCAGAGAACCACCAGUCAUCGACUUCGCGCCAUUCUAUGGCCCAGAGGGCACCGCAAAGGAACAGCUAGUAAAUGAAUUGCGGCAAGCCUGCAUGGAGUUUGGUUUCUUCCAACUCAUCAAUCAUGCCAUUCCAGCGAGUCUGCAGGAAUCUGUGCUUCAGCAGAGCCAAGAGUUCUUUGAGCUUCCAACACCAACAAAAGAAAAAUAUAGCAAAGAUCUUGGGGGCGAUAAUCGCGGAUACGAAUGCCUUCGGGCGCAGAACUUCGAGAAGCGAGGCAAAGGUGACCUCAAGGAAGGCUUCUACUUAGGGAAAGAUCUUCCACUUGAUGAUCCACAGGUGGUGGCGAGGAAGUUUGGCCAUGGACCUAACAAGUACCCUACGGAAGUUAGCGAGCCAGCUAAAUUCCGAACUGUCAUGGAUGAGUAUCACGACGCGAUGACCUCACUGGCGAUGGGGAUUCUGAAAAUGUUAGCACGCACUCUGGGAUUAGAGGAAACUGUUUUCGACGCGUUCUGCGUCCAUCCAAUUGCUAUCCUUCGGCUCCUGCACUAUCCACCACAGGAUCCUGACAGCUCGGAUAUCGAAAGAGGAGUUGGUGCUCAUACUGACUUUGGCGCGAUCACCAUUCUUCUCCAAGACACAACGGGUGGCUUGCAGGUUUGGAACAACCUCUCGUCGGAAUGGGUAGAUGUGACACCUGUGCCGGGCGCCUAUGUCGUGAACCUAGGGAAUCUGAUGAUGCGAUGGACAAAUGAUCGCUAUCUAUCUAACCUUCAUCGGGUAAUCAACAGGAGCGGCAAGGAGCGCUUUAGUGUUCCAUUUUUUCUUUCUGGUAAUCCGGACUACGUCGUCGAGUGUCUCCCGACCUGCAUCGGGGAGGGGCCUAAAUACCCUCCCAUCACUGUGGCUAAAUGGAUAGCUGGGCGAUACGCGGAUACAUAUGGUAUAUCGAACGACGAGGGAAUUGCCGAACUGCGAGAAGUGCCUUCAUGA